AUGACUGGUGAGUACACCUGUGGUCGCUGCCUACACGCACUCCGCCGACGGGCUGUGGUACGCCUGCCACACUAUGCACUGCCUAGUAGGGGAGGAUAUGGCCUGUUUAACCCGGCCUUUGUGCGGAGUUUGAGCAGUUCUAGCAAAGGUCUCCUUUUCUCGGAUAACCCGCCCCAAACAACCUCGAAGCAAACGGCCUUGACUCCCCCGACUGCGUCCCGAAGUCUCGGGUCGGUCGUGCAGAAGGCUCCAUCCUCCACCUCCAAUACUUUUCCAGAUCCGCGCGUUUUGUUGAAACCGAACAACCUCUUCCAUUCGUUCUCUCAGUCACCAGCAGCGGCCAUUCGACAGCGUGCGGCUUUCAUCAAGCAAAACGCCUUCUGCCCACAUCCAAGCCACCAGCAGACCCGACUGCCUGUCUCUCCUCACGACCCAGAGACGCGCAAGAGCCCACAGAGCUCGAGUCUGCCGCCAGCGCACUCUCACUUUGAAUGUCCCGACUGCGGCGUGCCGAUCUAUUGCUCGGAGGGGCAUUGGAUGGAUGACUUUGAAGCACACUUGGAGGUCUGCGAGACCAUCCGACAGAUCAAUGAGGACGAUCAUGAUUUGCAUUCUGGGCGGGUUUUCCCGGAGUUCACCUACCCAGGACUUCAAGAUGAUAAUUUCGUCAUCAACAUGACGAACUGGGACACUUUUCUUUAUACACGAGAGUUUGAGGCGAUCAACGAUGACCGGAGCAUGCGGCAAGUGACCCGGAUGCUGACCUAUCCGCUUACACUAGCGAGUGUUCUGCAUGAACUGAGUCCCUACAAUGUCCGAAAGGGGGGGAGGCUUACGGUGGAGGGGCUUAAAAGUGUUAGUGCCUUGCGAUACACUUUACACCCUCCCAAGACAGGAGAGGGUGUCGAUAUCCGAGGACUACGCCUGAAGGCACCACCGGUCCGCAUUUUCAUCUUAGGGGCCCGGGCUGAGUCUUCCUUGCCGCGAGAGGUUUGGUUGCAGCUCAGCUACAUCUUUCCACGCUCUCUCAUUCAUCUCAUUUUCGUCGGACCGGAGAGUAUGACGAAUCGCGACGCCGAAUUUCCACUUCCAGAGCGGACACCUGGCAAUCCAUUCGGGGGAGUCGUCGAAGACCGACUUGGAGGUCAAUUCAAAAUCACGACCUAUGUUGACUACUUCCACACAAUGUACAAAGCCAAUUACUUCCAACCUUUCGAUCCAUACUUGGACUGCAUCAUGUUGUUUCAUCCCGGACUCGGACACCCGGCAAGCUCUCACGAGUGGGAAGAAACCCUCCCGCAACUACUGGAGACCAAGGUGCCGAUCAUCAGCACAGGCUACACGCAGUGGGAUAUGGAACGGGAUAUCAACUGGGUACAUGAGAAAUGUGCUGGCGAAUUCGAUAUUCUGCUUGAACCGGGCGAAAAUAUUUUCCGCAGUUUACGCUGGGAUCUCAAUGAUCUGGAUCCUCAUGAUGUUUCAUGUGGCAACUGGGGUGUUUGGGCCUUCAGAGGAAAGAGAUACGAGGCAACAUUCCGCAAUUAG